AUGGGAGCCUUUAUUUUACAUUUUGAAAGGAUUGCCCGCCAUCAGGAAUGGUCAAAUAGGAAAAAAUUGGAAAACUGUUUAGGAAAUUCCGCUCUUGAGUACGCAGAUAAGCUUUCUUCUGAUCUAUUAUAUAGAGAAGUCAAGAAGGAAUUAAACUUUCGAUUAAGCGAGAAAGAUGAACCUGUUUCUGCUAGGCGCGAGUUACAAUCGUUACGACAACUCGAAACGGAAUCUCUACGUGCUCAACGUGUCCAAACAUUGGCCAUGGACGGCUAUACGGACGCUAGCAGUAAAACUAGAAACCAAAUAGCCAUUGAAUGCUUUCUCCGUGGUUGUAAGGAGAAGGAUGCGGUGCAGAAGGCUAUGGAAAAGAAUCCAAAAUCGGUUCAGGACGCUUUAAAACACAUGAGACUAUUUUUAGCCAAUCAGAAAAGUUUAUUUGGUUCUAAAAACUUUUCACAUCGACAAGUAAACUUUAAGACCGAGUCGGAUACAGAAUCCGUUAACACGAUAAGCACACAUGAAACCUUGAAACACUACACGAAAAGAUAG